CAUCGGCUCCCCUUGAGUUCUUCGUAGUUUUUGGCUGCAACUUUUGUUUUCCUCAUGGUGAUCAAGACGGUUCUCAAGGUUGAGAUUUCAUGCGAGAAAUGCAAGAGGAUGCUCCUCAUGGCGAUCUCUGGCCUUCAAGGCAUCGACCAGAUCGACGUUGAUGCAGCCAAAGGCAUCAUUACAGUAACUGGUGAGGCUGACCCAAUUGAGAUCAUUGUUCGCGCGAGGAAGACAGGGAAGUGUGUACAGGUAGAAAGCAUAGGGCCGCCACCUAAACCCGAAGAGAAGAAGGAGGAGAAGAAGGAAGAGAAAAAAGAAGAGAAGAAGGAAGAGAAAAAAGAAGAGAAGAAGGAAGAGAAAAAGGAAGAGAAGAAGGAAGAGGUCAAAUUGCCACCGUGCUGUAGAUCAUGUGAACAGAUAACCAUUAGCAUUUUACCCUAUGAGCCACCUGCUGCAUGUUCGGUUAUGUAAAACGGUGAAAUCAUAUUAUUGUAUCACAUACAGACAAUGAUUUGAUCUCAAGGCAAGGCCGUGGAACUUGUUUCCUAACAUAUUCAAAUCACAGAUUUUUUGAACUCAGAGUUCAUUACAUGAAUUCUUAACUGCUUUCAGCUUUGCCAAAUUGUAUGUCUUGUUGUAAAGGUGAUGAAGACGUCAUUCUUGAAUUAAAA